AUGGUGGGACGAACUGAAGCUGAUAAUGUGGUCGGUCUGUUUAAAGAAGUUAUGAUGAUCGCUAGCCUGGCAGUUUUAACCCGCCUGCUUUUCGAGUUGGGUAGAAGGACAAAAAUUGCAUCCGGUCACAUUUGGUUCAACAAGACUUGUCUCAGGGAGAACAUAUACCCCAAUUAUAUAUUAAGAUCAUAUAGGACAAGCACAAUUCGUCGAGAAGGUAACUUUCUUCGCAACCAUAUGAAGAUAAAAAUGAGGAAAGAAAUAAGCAGGUGGCAUUCCAACAUCUACAGAAAUAGAAUGAAGAUGAAGAUUCUUGACGACAUACUGCAGACUAGACUCCACCCCAUAGAAUUGGAUGAGCUACGAGCGAAGUUGAAUGCGCAAUUAUAUAACCUGUCCAGACGUAGAUUCAGAUCACUAAAUAAUAAAAUACAAAGUUUGAAAACCAGAGGAGAUCCAUUCCGCGUUGACAACACUGUCCCUCCUCCAAUAAAUCAUACAUUCCACCCUAGGGUGAAACUUCUGACCCCCACAACGUUCUCGAAGGACGAGCUCGACCUUCUGAACCUGGGUUUGAAGUUUGCUAUUCCUCCAUCCGGUAUCUCUGGAAUUAAGUCUUUAAUUGCAGAUUUAGAGUGUGCCACUCGUUCCAUAGUUAAAGAAAACUUCAACGCAUUAUCCUCCAGAUUAUACACCAUCUUAAGUAAAUAUAAGGAAAGAACAUCACCCCUCUCUUCUCACGAAAAUCUUAGAUCCAUUAUAAAGUCGAUAAGACAGAAGAUAUCCACCAAUAAUCUUUUCGUUUCAAAGGCUGACAAGGGAAACUGCGUAGUGAUUAUGCCGAAGGACCAGUACAGGUCACUGGUAUUAGAGUAUAUCACAGCAAAUGGCUUCGUUAGGUUGCAAAAUGACCCUAUAAAACAAUAUAUUAAAGACUUCACCAGCAUCGUCAACACUUACGCACCUCAGAUAUGUGAAAGCUAUAAGAGAUUUCUGCCAAUGAAUCACGUUCCUCCCCGAUUAUACGGUUUGCCCAAAAUACAUAAACCAGCCAUCUGCAUAAGACCGGUUCUCUCACCUGUGGAUUGGCGCGAUGGCUAA